AUGGCGACCGCAAUCCCCUCGAUAGCCUGCAUAGGCAUCAUCGGCCGCAACAACAACCCUCUCCACAUCCAGAUCUUCCCCUCGCACAACCCCUCCACAAACACCUUCGCGCCGAUCCGCACGCCGCUCCAGUUCUCACUCCUGCUCUCCUCGACCCUCGACAUCUUCGAGCUCCGCCACGGCGGCGGCGGCGGCAACGCCGCCUCCGGGAACGCCGCCGCCGUCGCGGGAUCCAGCGGCACGGGCCUCUCGGGCGAGGUUGGUCUCCUGCACGCCGUCGACGAGCGCCUUGCCGCCUACGGGUGGGAGACCAACACGGGGGUCAAGAUCGUCGUCGUUGUGGAUAUGCGCGGGCGCCGCGUUGCGGGGGGCGGGAGCGCGGCUGCCGAGGCCGCGGCCAAGGGGCGGGGUGCCGUCGGACUGCGUGAGCAGGAGCUGCGGGUCGUCUUCCGGGCGGUGCAGAGCGCGUACGUGCGGCUGCUGCAGAACCCCUUUUAUGAGCCCGACGAGCAUUCUCCCGUGUCAGGGCGGGGCGGGCGGGUGAUCAAGAGCAAGAAGUUCGAGGGGGAGGUCAGGAGGAUCGGGGAGGCGUGGACGCCUGGGGUCACAAACCUCUAG